AUGGCUGUAAAUCCAGAACUUUUCAAUCUAAGAGAAACAGAAUUAAUACCAUCACUAUCAGGAGAUGAGUAUAUGAUAAUGUCAAGAAAAUCAGUGAAAUUUGGAUUAGAUGAUGCAAAUGAAAAAUUUAGAGGACAUGGUGAUGUUUUUGUUACUAAUAAAAGAAUUAUAUUAAUAAAAAGCAAAGCUGCAACAGUUGGAUUAAGUAAUUUUGUAUCUUUAUGUAUUCCACUUAAAAAUAUAUAUGAUCUAGAAUUUAAACAACCUGUAUUAUUAGCAAGUUAUUUGGAAGGAUUUGUUAAACCAUGUAAUAAUUCAAUAUAUCCUUUAUCAAGUGACUCAAAAUGGUGGAUUUCAUUUCACAAAGGAGGAUGCGCAACUUUUGUGAGGUCAUUUUAUAAGAUUUACUUAAGAGCUACAAAGGAAGCGAUAUAUGAAGAAGAUUCUGAAGACAAACAAAAUAAAAGUGAUAGUAAUAUUGCUUACAUUGAUAAGACUGACCCUACUGUUAUAUAUAUUCAAGAAUAA